GAGUCCUGCCCUCUCGGAAAUAGAAGCGAAACGUCUCUCUCUCUAGAUUCGAAGGGGUUUUUAGGGUUUUGCAGCUUCUUUAACUUUAUGGGAAAUGAAAAGAAGAGAGAGAGAGUGAUUUUACUACAUACUGCAACUUUUUUUCAUCAUCGUCUCAGUCUCUUUCACCAAAAUAGGUACACCAUUUUGAUAUUCGAGCCAACCCCUCCACGACGUCAGUCCGUACAGCUUCUCUACCCUGCAUUUUUAUAUAGACAACACAUCCCUACAUUCUCUCCUUCAUUUUUCAUCUUCUCUUUUUAGCUUGAGCUCUGUUUCGUUGUUUCUUUGAAGAAAACGCCGUCGCAAUGACAAUGUCUUGGUCUGAUGCUGUUACUGAGUCAACCCCGAAGCCCACUCGCCAACCUCGGCCCAGCUACGUACCUCCACAUCUCAGGCACAGUGGCAGCUCCUACGGAUAUGGGUCCUUUACAGAGUCAGCCCAGUACGGCUUUCGGUCAAGCUACACCGGUCCCGGUAGGCAACCCGGUCGGGCCGGCACAGCUCGCGGCGGCCGAGGUCGCAGCCGUGGUGGUCGCUUUUGGGCUCAACCACCCCCAAACCCAAGCCCAGACCUAAACCCGUCUGACAAUGUCUCUGAGAAAUUUGACCAACUCAAAGUCACUGAAGAAGAUAGCAAUGGCGGUAUCAAUUUUGAUGCCUACGAAGACAUCCCAGUUGAGGCGAGUGGCGCCGACAUUCCACCGCCGGUGGACACCUUUCACGAGAUCGAUUUGGGUGAGUGUUUGAACCACAACAUCAAAACGCGAUGUAAGUACGUUAAGCCCACGCCUAUUCAGCGCCACGCGAUUCCAGUAGUCAUGGCUGGCCGGGACUUAAUGGCUUGUGCUCAAACUGGGUCUGGCAAAACGGCGGCGUUUUGCUUACCCAUCAUUAGUGGUGUCUUGAACAAUAACAGUUUGGGAAGGUCGCCGACUCGUGGUGGGGCUCAUACUGUGUGUCCUACUGCGCUCAUUUUGUCUCCGACUAGAGAGUUGGCUGGUCAGAUACAUGAUGAAGCUAAGAAGUUCGCUUAUCAGAGUGGGGUCAAGAUUGUUGUGGCUUAUGGUGGGGCACCAAUUUCUCAGCAGUUCCGUAAUCUGGAAAGAGGUGUUGAUAUCUUAGUUGCCACUCCAGGGCGCUUAGUGGACAUGAUUGAGAGGUCACGAGUUUCACUUAGAAUGAUCAAAUAUUUGGCAUUAGAUGAGGCUGAUAGGAUGUUGGACAUGGGUUUUGAGCCACAGAUUAGAAGGAUUGUUGAACAAAUGGACAUGCCUUGCCCUGGUGCUAGACAAACGUUGCUUUUCAGUGCUACAUUCCCAAAUGAGAUACAGAGGCUUGCUGCAGAUUUUCUUUCAAACUACAUAUUUCUGGCGGUUGGAAGAGUUGGAUCAAGUACUGAUCUUAUUGCACAAAAAAUCGAAUUUGUUGAGGAUAUGGACAAACGAAGCCACUUAAUGGAUCAUCUUCAUAGCCAGCAGGCCAAUGGAAGCCAUGGCAAGCCUGCUUUAACGUUGGUGUUUGUGGAGACCAAGAGAGGUGCAGAUGCUUUAGAAAACUGGUUAUGCAUGAAUGGUUUCCCAGCAAUUGCAAUUCAUGGUGACAAAGUGCAAAUGGAGAGGGAACGAGCUUUGAGAUCAUUCAAGUGUGGCUCUGCUCCAAUAUUGGUGGCAACGGAUGUUGCUUCACGAGGUUUAGACAUCCCUCAUGUUGCCCAUGUCAUCAAUUUUGACCUCCCAAAAGGCAUAGAUGACUACGUUCACAGGAUUGGUCGGACGGGACGUGCUGGAAAUUCUGGUCUUGCAACUGCCUUCUUCAAUGACAAGAACCAGCCACUUGCAAAGGGACUAAUUGAGUUGAUGCAGGAGUCAAACCAGGCGGUUCCUAGUUGGCUUAACGAAUAUGCUGAAGGAUCACAGACUUAUAGUAGUGGUGGUGGUGGUGGUAGGAGCCAAAGGUCUGGUGGCAGUAGGUUUGGUGGCUAUGACUUCCGUAGGUCUGCCCAAUCGGGGCGUGAGAGUUAUUACGGUCCAAGCAGCUAUGGUUAUGGAGAUUGUUCUGUGGGUACUUCUGCUGCUUCCUAUAAUGAUGCUACUGUUCCAUACGGCUAUGGAAAUUAUGAAACUAUUGUUGCUGGUGGGUGGGAAUAGGUAUGCAGUGCACAACACCAUGAAAUAUUAUAUACUUGCUGGUGGCAUAUUUACGUAGGGUAUAUGAUAACCAUAUCAAUUGAUAAAGGUAGAAAUAGUUGCUGCAGACAAGUUGGAGAUUCAACAAACCCAAUGGUCAUUUGUGUUUUGGAAGAUAUGAUCAAAGUAUGGUGUAGCUUGUUUCAUUGGGUGUUUGUCUUUUGUCAUCCGUUUGAAUUGAAAUUAUUGUCGCAGAUGUAGAGCAGAGCAGCCUCAUUUUGUACAACUCCACUCAGCUUGUUUUUAUAGCUGCUGUUAUAUAAAGCAGAAUCUCAGGUUAAUAGAUUCA